AUGCCGAGGAGGAGGAGGAGGCGGCGGCGGCGGCGGAGGAGGAGGCGGCACAGAGGAGAGGACAGCCCUGCUGCUGCUGCUGCUGCUGCUGCUGCUGGCAGAAGAGGGGGGAAGUUUGACAAAUCGCCCCGGAGGAAGGAGGAGGGGAAGCCCCCCGAAGAGGAGUCGGCGGAGCCUCAGCCUGCGCUCUCCACUCCCCGGCUCCCGGCUCGGCGCUGGAGCGGCGGCGGCGGCGGCGGCGGCAACAGGCGAAGCUUGAAGGGAAACGAGAUGAUCGCAGUGUCACUCAAACUAGUCCGCAAAGAGGGAGAGGGGCACCGCGCUCCCACCGCCUCCCGCCCCGGACGGCACCUUAACUCUUUGCGCAUCGCGCCGCCGGACCGCCCGCCGCCGGCCGGCCACGGCCACGGCGGCGGCGAAGGGUCCGCCCGGGGAGGAAUAAAAAAAAAGGAUGAUCUCACUUUUACGCAGCGUGUUGCUGUUCCGCCACUGGUUCACUGCAAACAGGGAAGGGAGAAGCGGCGUCGAGGUCCCCCUGCGCCUGUUGGAGCUGCUCCCAGAGACCCGUUUGUUAGCACCGGUCGAUUGCUUUUCGGGGGGGGGGCAGCCCCGGUGGGCGAGCCGCUCCGUCCCCGGGCGCUCUCCUCCCGCCCCCAGCGCCAGCCCGGCUCCGCGGGGCACCUCCACCCCCUCAAGCGGAGCGGAGGAGCCGGCGGGGACCCGGCGGGGUCCUCGCCAGCCGAGCGUCCCCCGGACACGCGGGAGGGGCUGGCCGUCAGAGCGCUGGGGCCUUUCGAGGCCCCGCCGGCCGAGGAGCGAGCUGUCGAGGCGGGAGGCGGCGCGCCCGGGGGCCGGGCCGCGGGGAGGGGGCUGCGGGGGGGGGGGGGGGGGCAAGCCCCGGCAGAAGGCGCGGGGCCGGGCGGCCGGGGAGCCUCACCCGCCGGCAGUCCUUCCCCUCCCGGGGCAGCCCCCCCGCCCCCGGCGCCCAGCGGCGGUGGCGCGGGCUCCGGGAGCAGCACGGAGGCGUCGCCCCGGAGCGGGCGCGCUGAGCGCGGCAGCCCGCAGCCGCCCCGGGCACCCGCUGCCCGGCCGGGAGUCCGGGCAGCCGCCGGCCGCCGCCUUCUGCCCCGGGGAGAAACCUCUCCUCCUUCCUACCGCCUCGGUGGCACCCCAUCGAAACGCAGAAAGUGCGCGGAAAGUACUUCGGUUUCUGCCGGCGAAGAACAAAGAAGAAAGAGUUUUCAUUAAGGCUGGACGAGAUGAAUACGGAUCUGACAAGUUUGUUUAAAAACACCACUGCCCACGACCGAAAACGACACUCCACUUCUGUACGAUACAACGUGUUGUCAAUAACCAUUAUAACAGCAAUAAUAACCUGAGAAGAAAGACAUUUUGUAGUAUCUACCUAACUUUAUUAGAGCAAAAUUAUUUUAAAAUGCCCAUGAAUUCCCAAACCUCCUGAAUACAAAUGAAUAAAAGUUUUUCUUCGGGCUAAAA